AUGACACCAACAUUUGGCCCAACACUUUCCACAAUACUUAGUAUCACCGUAGUUCAUAAUAAUUUUGACCAAGAGGAUUUAAAUAACAAUAAUAAUCAUUUUCGAGGUGCAUCAUCGCCUGACUGUUCCAAUUUUGAUGCUGAUCACAAUAAUUCUACUCCAGUUCCUCAAUCUCCUGGUUUUAAUCCAAGAUUUUGGGAAAUAGGAAAUCGUCGUGAUGAUUCAUCGGUUCACGUUGCCAUGGAACAUGUCCAAUUUGGUUUAUAA